AUGACGAAUCGACGCGUGCGACCGGUGCUGCUGGCGCUCGUGGUGCUGGCGGUCGCAUGGGACAUCGCCCAUACAGGCCUUCUGCUUUGGGACGCCGUCGCCUGCCUCGGCGUCAUGCAGAUCGCAAUCUAUGUUACGCCGGCCCGCCGCGUGCUCGUGAACCAUGACGACGACGACGACGACGAUGCGGAUGUCAUCUAUCUCGGGACCUUGCCGCCGCCGCCGCCAACCGUGUGGCAGCAUUUCGUCCAGAAGCAGCGCGCCGCGCUUGCGUGGAGCUCAACCACACCGUGGACGGCGCUGCUUUGGUGCUUUGCGUCCGUAUACGCGGCCGCAGCGCUUCUUGCGGCUGCCCGCCUCGUGGCAAAAUCGCUCGGGUGCACGUUGCCAGGGCUCGAGCUCGUGUUGCAGGCUAUCGGUGACUUUAUGGACUCGGACAGAGCUCAGGGACAGCUCGCCACACGGCUUCGCAGGCUCGAGGCGCUGGCAGCCGGGAGGAUAGGGUUGCGUAUGGCGGCACAGCUGAGUCGCCAAAUGAUCGCCAUCGAGGGUAUUGCUGCGGCGCUGCUCGCGGGUACCGCCGUGCGUCUGAUGUUGCUUGCUGCCCGCGGUACCUUGCGCUGCGCUACCUUGUGGUUGUCGCUCCUGCCACAUAUCUUCGCCCUGGGCCUCUAUGUCGUCGUGACGCCGGUCGCCGGUCCGAAGCCACCUCGCAACCCGGGUCGACUGCGCCGCCGCCAUCGGGUGCUUACGUACUUCUGCCGUGCCGGAAAGCACGUUGCGCAGCUGGCGCUGGGCAUUCCACUGGAGCUUCUGGGACGUUUGGCGUGGACAGGGGGCUUCAACAUCUUUCAGGCUUGGCUCGUCCCGUCCAGCAGCACGAGCAACGACGUCCUCUGCACUGCGCUUCAAGACGCCGUGCGUGCAUUCUUCUAAAGCCUGAUGUGCGAUGUGCUAGCCGACGGGAUCCUUCCACGAUCUGCUCGUAUCAUGGCGGUCGCCGCGAACAACGAAAUGCACACUACGAGUAAUACCAUACAUCCAGCCGAAACGAACGCUGCAUGGGCUGGAAGGAUCGAA